AUGACCAAACUAUUGGAAGAUGUUCGUCCGACGGAGCGUACUCCACAUGACACAGGAGAUCCAGAUGCAGCCGGUUGCUGGACGAAACUGCUGGACGAUACCACACACAAGCCGGCGAUCAUCAUUGGGUCAGCCUCCCAGCCAGGAGGCGCUCCGGACGCCGUCAAAGAGCUGCUGGUGACGGUCGAUCCGGAAACGGGAAAAACACAGCAAACGGUCGAGUCCAGCGGUGAUCGUGCGGCAGGCGGACGACGGCGUGAAUCGAUCCUCGGAACAUUCCACCGACAGUUGCGGAUGUCGUUAAAGGCGGUCAGUGAAACACCGGGACCACUGACAAGAUACCGUCAGACGCGCUACAGUUCGAGGCGGAUUCGGAAACGCGUGAUUUUCAAACAGGGUGAUUGUAAUGUGAUCCAAGGAAAUGUAGCCAAAAGACGUCGUCGUUAUUUACAGGACAUUUUUACCACGCUGGUGGACAUUCAAUGGAGAUGGACUCUGUUCGUUUUCGCCUGCUCCUUCAUACUGAGCUGGUUGGGAUUCGGUGCCCUUUGGUAUCUAAUCGCUCUCAGUCAUGGCGAUAUACAAGCAGCUGGUGAUGACAGCCACAAGCCCUGUGUGACGUACAUUUAUGGCUUUACAUCGGCGUUCUUGUUUUCUCUUGAGACGCAGCACACGAUAGGAUACGGUAAUCGUUACAUUACCGAAGAAUGCCCGGAAGGCAUAUUUAUACUAGCCUUGCAGAGCAUUACCGGCGUCUUUAUUCAAGCAUUUAUGGUUGGUAUCGUGUUUGCGAAGCUGUCUCGACCAAAAAAGCGUGCCCAAACGUUGCUAUUUUCCAAGAAUGCUGUCAUCUGCCAUCGGGAUGGUGUGCCGUGCCUGUUGUUCCGUGUCGGAGAUAUGCGCAAGAGCCACAUCAUCGAGGCACACGUGACGGCUCAAAUUAUUCGCCGGAAGGUCACCAAAGAAGGGGAAAUUCUUCCCUUUUACCAGCAAAAUAUGGAGGUCAGUUGUGAUGGUGGAGACGAUCGGUUAAUGUUUAUCUGGCCAACGAUAGUGGUGCAUAAGAUCGAUCGCGAUAGCCCACUGUACAGUUUGUCUGCCCAAGAUAUGCUAAAGGAGCGCUUUGAGAUUGUUGUCAUGUUGGAGGGAGUUGUGGAAUCAACCGGAAUGACUACGCAAGCACGCAGCAGCUAUCUGCCAACCGAGAUCCUCUGGGGACAUCGUUUCGAAUCAGUGGUCACCUUUAAACGAGAGACAGGAGAAUAUCAGGUUGAUUAUACAACGUUCAACAAUACAUUUGAGGUUGAUACACCACUGUGCAGUGCGCGUCAGUUGCGCGAAUUCAAAAAAGAGCUAAACAAGCAAAACGGUGUUACUGAGGCGUCUUCCGACAGCGAGGAAUCCGAUACAUCGUCGGCCGACAACGUGUCAUCUCGCAAGAACUCGCUCAGCAAUGGUUAUCUGCGCUUCACGCCCGUGUACGCCAACACAAAUGAACAUUCCGGAAUGAAUGUCACAAAUGGGGUGGCUGGCGAUCCGAUGGUACUGCCACCGGUCAUUAUUGGUCCUGAUGCCCCCACCGUGUCACCCGGAAGUGAGCGCAAGAAGAACUUUCGAAAGUUAUCCAUCAAGGAACCGUCGAUGGACUCCCUCUGUUAG